AUGGCUGCUUACGCCAGUGUGAUUUCGCUCAAGCAUACAAUCAAACGUCUCCUAAAUUCAUCUGAAAUCUUGUUGCUUCCCCCAUCUCCAGAGAUCAUAGAAUCUGCAAGCAACGAGCUUCAAUCGUUACGGAAAACUCUCAUAAGAUUGGAUCGCGGCAGCAAGAGCAGCAGCAGGAAGAAGAUCAACGCUUUGGACGAGCAAAUCAGAGAGGCAGUAUGCAAGCUAGAAGACUUGCUCGAAUCCCAUCUCUCAAAUCAGAUUCUUUCACAAUCCGAAGAAGAAAUUACCGAAGAUGGGAUUCAAUUCUCCAUAGAUCUGCAGGAAUCAGAGCACGAGAUUCUGUGCCUCGUCGAAGCGUUGAAGGAGAUGGAGCUGGACUACAUCAAAGAAUUAGACAACCCAGAAGUCGAAGAAGAGGAAGAUGAUGAUGGUGAUGAACUUGUUGUUUCCACAAGAAUUGAUUCUUGUGGGAAUGAGUCGAAGAUGAUUGGAUUAUCCGAUAAAUUUCUGGAAAUUAAAGACCGGCUAAAACGUGUUGAUGGGCUCCAUCUGGUGACGCCGAUAACCGGGAUGGCAGGCAUCGGUAAGACUACACUUGCUAAUGAAAUUUUUUGCGAUUUAGAUAUUUCAGAACAGUUUGAUCUUCGAGCUUGGGUGGCAGUAAGUAGGAAAUGGCAGUUGAAAGAAAUCUUACUUGCCAUUCUAGCUCAAGUUGAUGCUGACAUGGUUGAGAUGAUUAUGGAUGAAGAAGUGAAAAAUAUAGGUGAUUAUUUGAAAGAGAGUUUGAAAGGUAAGAGGCAUCUAAUUGUGUUGGAUGAUGUGUGGGACAAACAAGUUUGGGAUGAGUUGAAAAAUAGUUUGUUUAAAGAUGAUAAUAAUGGAGGGAAAAUAUUGAUCACAACUAGGUUAGACCAAGUAGGUCGAGGUGCUAGCAAUCCUGUAUCAGGAAUUGUGAAAAUGAGGUUGUUGAAUAAAGAAGAAAGUUGGGAUCUUCUUCGUGAGAAGGUUUUUGGAGAAGAGUUAUGCCCUUAUCAGCUAGAGAAGAUAGGAAUGAAGAUUGCCGAAAAGUGUGAAGGUCUUCCUCUUAUGAUUGUGGCGGUGGCUAACCUCUUACGUGGAGAAGAGAGGAACCCCGAGUAUUGGAAUGACGUAGUAGAGAAAAAGAACUCGGUUUUUAUGGAUGCGUAUGGUGCAAUAUCUAAGGUGUUGUAUCCAAGUUUUGAGUACCUAGCUCAAGUGUUGAGGCCGUGUUUUCUCUAUAUGGGAGUUUUUCCUCAAGGUUAUGAGAUCUUGAAAUCAAAGGUGGUCAUAAUGUGGGCUGCUGAGGGAUUUCCUGAGCCAUUGGGGUGGCAAACUGCAAAUGAUUACAGUGAGCAAUGUUUGAGAGCUCUUAUUUACAAUAAUCUUGUUUUGCUUCGCAAUGGAAGCACAACUUGGAAUUUUACAUCAUCUGGAGUGAAAUCUUGCUUGGUUCAUACUUCUGUGUGGCAUGUAUGCAGAAGGGAAGCUAAGAGAAACAAGUUUUUCCAUAUUUUAGAUAAGUGUGGUGAUGAUCUUGAAGAUGGUAUAGAAGGGCAACGGCGAUUGUCCAUCCAUAAUAACAUUUUAUUUGGCAUCAAAGAUGUUCAUAACUUGAUUGAGGAUAGUUGUGCAUCUACUGCUCGUUCUCUCUUGUGUUUUGGUCCAUACUGUCGUUAUCAAGUUCCAGUUUGUUUUGGUUUGAGGAUGCUGAGGGUGCUCGAUGCUCUUACAAUCCGUUUCUAUGAGUUCCCGAUUGAAGUAGUGAAACUAGUUCAGUUAAGGUACCUUGGCCUCACUUGUGAUGGGAAUCUCCCUUCUUCCAUAUCCAAACUUUGGAACCUUCAGUUCUUGAUUGUAUUCCGACAUCUUAGCAUCAAACCUUUUGAGGCUCCUUCGUAUAUGCCUAUGGAGAUAUGGGAUAUGAAGGAACUGAAGCAUCUUCAGAUUAUGGGAAGCGAUCUACGAGAUCCUUGUGGCGCUUCCUUACCUAACCUCUCAACACUUUUAGAUGUGAGUGCUCUCAGUUGUAGAGAGGCCGUUUUUGAAGCUAUUCCUAAUCUAAGGAAGUUAGGAGUCCAAAUUGAGUCGGAACCUGAUGCUGCUGAGCCAUUGAGUUUCCUUGAUCGAAUUUCCAACCUCAAGAAACUCCAGAUACUUAAAUGUGUAGUCGUGAAUCCUGACAUCAUGUCUGCACUUCUUCUUCCUCCGGAUCCUCUUCCAACGUCGUUGUCAGUUCUUAAGAAGUUGCAUUUGGGUGGCUUGGGAUACUCUUGGGAACAUAUGAGUGUGAUAGGAUCAUUGCCGAAUCUUGAAGUCCUCAAAUUGCGAUGCUAUGCCUUUCAAGGUCCGACAUGGAUUAUAGAAGAGAAAAGAUUUCCAAAACUUGGAUAUCUUGUGAUUGAAGAUACUGAUCUGGUGCAGUGGGAAGUGAGAGAGGGAGGCUGCCCAAAACUAUACUCUUUGAGCAUAAAACAUUGCCAUUUGUUAGAAGAGAUUCAUGGGAGAUUUGGUCAUAAUAUUGGAAAAAUUGAGGUAGUUGACAGCAACCCUUCAGUUGAGACUUGUCUGAAGCAAAUAAUAAAUGCUUACUACUCUCAACUGGAAUUUUAUGACCCCAGUAUUUGUUUUCACUACUCAUGGGUUGAUAAGAAGCUCAAGUCAUGA